UGGUAUUCAAAUGUAAUUUUUUAGCAAGUUUUAACGCUAUAAAUUUUCCUCUAUUAUAAGUAGAGAUUGAAGAUAACUAGUUUUUUUUUGUUAGAACAUCUGCUUGAGGUAAUGAUGAACGUCCUGCGAUCCAUGUUUGGCGUCUGCAGCAGCUCAGCUGAGAAGGGCGAGGUUCAUGAUACAAUUCGCAGAGUUUUUGGCAACGAUAUGGUUAUGAAGGAAAACACUGAUCGACAUGUUCAGAGAAGUAAAUACGUGAGCCAUGUCCGAGACAAUCUCUCUAAAAUGCUUGAUACUAAAGUCCUCAGUCACAAAUCGAAAUCUGCUAAGAAAAAUGCUCCAAUAGUCACAGAAACAAAGGAAGUAGCAGAUGAAAGACAUGGUCGCGUUGGUCCCAAAAUCGUAGUCUUCGAUGCGUCUACAGGCACCGGUCGAUUGGUGCUAGUAGGAGACGAGAGAGUUAGCGUCCAGGGUUUGUCCAGUUUCGCAACGAUACGCGCAACGGCAUGCGUUUACGCCGGGAAGUGGAUGUACGAAGUGCAACUUGGAACUAAAGGAAUUAUGCAGGUUGGUUGGUGCACGGCCUCCUGCAUGUUUUCCAUGGAUACGGGAGUGGGCGAUACGGCCCACUCAUACGGGUACGAUGGUGGCAGGGUGAGGAAGUGGAACGUGGCCACGUCACCAUACGGACAACCGUGGCUGCCAGGGGACGUGAUAGGCUCCUGCAUAGACUUGGAUAAAGGCACGCUGGAGUUUUAUAGGAACGGGCUCUCCAUGGGCGUAGCGUUCGACAAAGUGUCCCACGGCUCCGGCGUGGCGUACUUCCCAGCGGUUUCACUGGCGAUGCAGGAACAUCUUUACGCAAACUUUGGACACGUGCCAUUUGUGUUUCCAGUGGAGGGAUACGCGCCGCUGCAAAUCCCACUACAGGAGUGUUCCCGGGCCGCUAUCCUGUUCAAAUCCCUGGAUGUCCUCCUGGAGGAGCUAUCGAAGAUGUCCGAUUUGAAGCCUUCACUCACAACCAAAAGUAGUAAGACUAAAUCCGAGUCAUCGAAAGCCGCUGAAGAUGAAGUCGCCCUGCGCAUUCACAGUUCAGAAUCUGUGUACACACCAAAAACAUCGCCUCACGCGAUUGUCGACCCUCAGAGCGCUGAAUUUAAGAAGAUGUCGAAAAAGGCGUUCCUGAUGUCUUUAUCUCGUAUCGUAGUCAUGGAGUUGGGGAACGUCCUUCGCCUGUCUUACGUAGUGGUGGCAGAACUCCUACCUCGUAUGCGCGGGGCCCUCGGUAUUAAAUCCAGGGGCAUGCAUGUGGACCAGCACGCUACGGAGUUCUUCAUGAAGGCCAGGGAUGAGAACUUUAAUGGUCUAGCAACAAAACUGUUGGCUCAGCCUCAGCCACGAUUGUGCACUCUGCUCGACCUCCUGUGGACGUUCCUUGACGAAGCAGCCCUUUGCGACGUCUUCGAGCAUUGUAUGGUCAGAGAGUGUCUGCUCUUCGAUCUUGUGUCACCGGACAUGCACUUCAAUCAGCAACAGGAGGGUGUGUACGUGUUGUGUGGUCUGAUGCAGCAUCGGGAGACGAGACACCAUCUCGUCAAAUAUGUGUUCUUCAAUAAGAUCUCAUUCGAUAAUUUCUUAAACAUCAAAUGCCCUGAUGACGCAGUGUUGAGAACAGUAAUACGCAAGCCUUGGUGGCAGCGACCCACCGCUGUACAGGGAGAAACUGACCCUAGGAUUAUAGAAAUGGCUGAGAAGGGUGUCAUAAAAUAUUCUCCAUUUGCACCGACAGGCACAGACAAAAUAUCAAAACUAUUGCCGCCUCCUCAAGACGAUGCUACAACGGAGUCUCAGUACAAAGAGGACUGCAAUAAAAUCACCAAGGCUAUAGCUCCUUUAGAACAAGUUCAGCUAGAGUUCCUACUUAUCCUAUUGGACAAUACGGACGGGACUAACAUGGUGCCUUCAACGCGUAAGAUCUUUCUGGAAAAGUUCAGAAGAUACAUCAUGGACAAUUGUAUCCUUGACAUGAGGUUGUUCAACAUAUCUCGAAACUCGCCGGCGAUAUCUUGGUGCUGUCAUGCGCGUCUCCUCACAGCGGUCUUGAAAUUAUGGAGCGAAAAUCCUAUCGGCAACUCGCAACUGCCGCCUCAUGUGCCGGCAAGGACCUUUAUUGACGGCGAACUGGACUUUUACAACGUCGAUCGUCUGGGCGGAGUCCUGCCUUUUCUAGUCAGGACUCUAAGACAGGACCUCAUCAGCGUGCUUGGAGAAGAUAAUCCUUUCAUACAAAGCUUCGAGCCGAAUUAUAACAGAGCUGGGGGCAUUGACACUGGUGUAAGUGAUAUGACUGCUGGCUCCCCUGGACUGGCAACCCUGCCCCAAGUGAUAUCCUCCAUGGCACGCUUCAUGCACCCACCAAUGCCUCCUAUGCCGAACAGCAGAACUACAGGCGAGACUGCCUUAGCGAUGAAAGGCACGCGGUCCAUGAUGCCCGGAGCUGGUGCUAUUGACGUCAGAUCAGCUCACCUCAGGCUGGUUGACGGUCUACUGGCCCUGUACCAUGGAGCUGCGAUCAAACACGCUGAAAAGCUGUGUGAGUUGCGGGACAAUCAACUCGACAUGGCGGAUUGUCUGCACGAUAUAGAUUACAGGAUAUACACUAUAACUGCUGAAUUACACAAUGGACCAGGUGCAAAUGGCGAACUAACAGAACAAGAUAAAAUAAAGAAACAACUAAUGGAGAAGAUGUUGGAGGAGUUGGAAAGAUCCAAGAGUGUUUACGAGGAGAAGUUAGAAAUGGGAGCGUUACAAAUGGGCUGGGUGAUCGGUGCGAUAUGGACAAAGCAAAGGCAGCUGGAGCUAGCCAAGCAUUUCUCCGGUACGCUGCAUUCCCUGAGGAUGUCGUCGGACCCGGAUUACAUAGCUCAUGAGCAGGGUGCGAGCAAAGAAAUUUUACCAGGGAAGAGCUCCCUGUUGGGGGGCACAAGUUAUGCGUCACUUCAACUGGAGUACACCUCAAGUUCUGAUCAAAGUCCUCAGAGUCCCAUUUCAAGAGCAACGACACCACGUAUCGGAUCAAAUGCUCAAAUGGAAUCGAGUCAUUACGCGAGCGAGUUCACGGAGCCGCUGUUCGCGUUCGUGCCGGAGUACCACGUUGAUGCGAUGCUCGAACUGUGCAACACGCUGCGACUGUAUAUGCAUCCGACUGUACCAGUUCAGCAGAUACCAGAGUGGGAAGAGCUCGUAGUGUCGUGCGCGGCAUUCCUCUGCGCGGAGUUUGCCGACCAGCGCAUAGUGCUGGCGAGCACGAGGGAGUCUCUGGUGCAAACGCUCGCGUCUUUCGCAACUCAGCCUGCUACGAUGAGGGCUAUUGAGAGGGUGCCUUUGAAACAACAAAUGUGCAUGGUGGAGGAGCUGGUCCGUCCGUAUCAAAACCGUGCGUGGGCGCAGUCCAACUGGGUGCUGGUGCGGUUCUGGCACGGCUCCGGUUUUGGUUUCCGACACAGACAGUGGCCGCAUCUAGCUGCGAAAUACGGUGACAGAGAGCCGACGGUAAACAACCUCGGAGCCAAGGUCGACGCUGGCCUGAUGAGUCAAUGUUUUGGUCCAUGCCCUUCUGAAGUGAUCCAGGGCCGCAUCAGGGACUAUCUGGCCGCGCAUCCAGCGGAGGCAGCCUCAUUCCUCAACUCUUUGCUAAGUCAGCUGAACUGGGCGUUUUCGGAGUUCGUCACUAUGAUGCAAGAGAUGGACAGGGUAAGCGUAGACGCACACCUAGAGUCGCGUCAAAUCAAACUCUGCGCCACGUGCUUCGAUUUGUAUCACGGGUUAGCCAGGGCUUUGGAGAUGACCCUGUGCCUAGCUCCUCAGCUGCUCACAAAGCCGACAGCCUGCGAUGACCAGAACGAGCUACUACUGGGGAGAACUUGUCAGAUCCUGAUGGCGGUGAUAUCGCGCGUGUGCGUGCGCGCCGGCGGCGGCGCGAGCUUCGCGCGGCUGAUGGCGCGCGGGCUGCCCGACACCGACCGCGUGCACUACUACGUUGCGCUGGCGCCGGUCGCCGGCUGUCUCAUCAGGAUGCUGGAUCCGAAGCUGUCGCCAGAACAUUUGGAGAGAGUGACGAAAGCGCUGGUGACAGAGCCGCUUUUCCGAUUGGACGGUUUGGAAUUCAUGCUCGGCAAAUCGAAGGACAAACACUUCUCGUUUUAUAAAUAUUCGGAAGACGUGACCAUCGAGGAGCUGAAAGCCCUGGAGGUGGUGGUGGACAGGCUGCAAGUGGCGCGCGACGCCGCGGUCCGGGCGCGGUCGCCGGGCUCCAGCGGCGCGCAGUCCGACCUGCUCUGCACCAUCUGUUACGCGCGACCGGCCGACUCCGCCUUCGUGCCUUGUGGACACCAUUCUUGCAGAGCCUGUAUAAUGCAACACUUGUUGAACAGUAAGCAGUGUUUCUUCUGCAAGGCGGACAUCGAUUCCGUACGGCAAGUGGAGCCCGCCAAUAAUUAACUGUCAUGGCGGAUUUUAAAUCAAAUCCUUAAAAAUCGUAGCAAUCCUGCUAGAUUUUUGCAUUUUAUACAUACGGAGGAAAUCUGGUUGAAAACGUAUAUUUGUCAAGAUUUUUAUUUUUUUAAUUUGUAUAUCCAAAGUAAGUUUUGGAAUGCCUUGUAAAUCAUCGCAAUCUUGUGACAGUUUUGUAUUUUUUUAAAAUAAAAUGUGAUUUUCGUUUUUUGCUGGAA